AUGAAGACGGAUUUCAAGUUUUCCAACCUUCUAGGCACCGUCUAUCGCAAAGGCAAUUUACUCUUCACUCCCGACGGAACGUGUCUGCUCUCUCCCGUUGGGAAUAGGGUGUCUGUCUUCGAUUUAGUACAUAACAAAUCUUAUACUCUCCCUUUCGCCCAUCGCCGCAAUAUCGCGCGCAUUGAUUUAUCGCCCAACGGAAAACUUCUUCUCUCAGUAGACGAGCAGGGCAAAGCAAUUCUAACAAACUUCCUGCGCCGAAUAACAAUCCACCAUUUCUCUUUCAAAUCACCGAUUUCCGCACUCUCCUUUUCCCCAUCAGGACGCCAUUUCGCAGUUGGAGUCGGCAGAAGGGUUCAAAUCUGGUGUACCCCUUCCACCCCUGGAACAGGAGCUGGUGGCGAGUUAGAAUUUGCUCCAUUUGUUUUGUAUAGGGACCUUGCCGGCCAUUUUGACGUGAUUCAGAGUAUACGCUGGUCGGGUGAUUCGAGAUUUUUUUUAACUGGCUCAAAAGACUUAACGGCAAGAAUCUGGAGUUUGGAUCCGGAAGAUGGGUUUGAACCCACAACCUUGGCUGGCCAUCGUGAAGGCGUUGUAGACGCCUGGUUUACAGAUGAUCAGGAAUCGAUUUACACUAUUAGUAGGGAUGGUGCCCUUUUCCAGUGGCAAUUCGGUGAAAACCCCGAGUCCACCGCCGAGGAUACCAAUACUCGCUGGAGGAUUACAAAGAAAGACUACUUUAUGCAACAAAAUGCUAAACUGACUUGCUCCGUCUUCCACCCAAAAUCCAAUCUUCUAGUUGUUGGCUUUUCUAAUGGUAUUUUUGCACUUUACGAGCUUCCUGAGUUCAAUCAGCUUCACCUCCUAAGCAUCUCACAAAGCAAUAUUGACUUUGUCACUGUGAAUGAUUCCGGUGAAUGGCUAGCCUUUGGCUCAUCAAAACUCGGCCAACUUUUAGUAUGGGAGUGGCAAUCAGAGUCUUAUAUCUUAAAGCAGCAAGGUCAUCUGGACUCAAUGAACAGUCUAGUAUAUUCGCCCGAUGGCCAGAAAAUUAUCACAGCGGCAGAUGAUGGGAAAAUAAAAGUAUGGGAUAUUGGCUCAGCGUUUUGCAUUGUUACAUUUACGGAGCACACAGCGGCCGUCACUGCCUGUGAGUUUACGAAACGAGGAAACGUCCUUUUCACGGCAUCUUUGGACGGUUCUAUUAGAGCCUGGGAUCUUAUACGAUAUCGAAACUUUAAAACCUUUACGGCCCCUUCACGACAACAGUUUUCAUCCCUCGCGGUAGACCCAAGCGGGGAAGUUGUCUGCGCUGGGUCUUUGGAUUCGUUUGAUAUUCAUGUGUGGUCUGUGCAGACGGGCCAGCUCUUAGAUCGGUUAGCAGGCCACGAAGGCCCAAUAUCGUCUCUAGCAUUUGCCGCAGAUGGUAGCCACCUUGUAAGUGGGAGCUGGGACCGUACAGUUCGGCUGUGGAAUAUAUUUGCACGAAGCCAGACCAGCGAGCCCCUGCAAUUACAGUCAGAUCUCUUAUGCGUCGCCUUCCGCCCCGAUGGACAACAAGUUGCUGCUUCUACGCUUGAUGGACAAUUGACCUUUUGGUCUGUCAAGGAUGCUGUUCAAACCGCCGGCAUAGAUGGUCGCCGAGAAAUCUCUGGAGGACGCAAAAUCACCGAUCGCCGUACGGCAGCCAACGCCGCUGGCUCAAAAUCUUUCACAACGAUCACAUACAGUGCCGACGGGUCGUGCCUUUUAGCUGCUGGGAAUAGCAAAUAUAUCUGUCUCUACGAUGUCGGAACGGGUUCGCUGGUUAAAAAGUUUACAGUAUCCGUCAAUACAUCCAUUGACGGCACUCUGGAAUUCCUCAAUAGCAAGUUAAUGACGGAAGCGGGUCCCCGGGAUCUCAUUGAUGAAACUGGUGAAGCGUCUGAUCUGGAGGAUCGGAUAGAUCGAACUCUUCCAGGUUCCAAACGUGGAGAUGCGGGUGCACGCAGCACACGCCCCGAAAUCCGCGUCACGUCUGCCGCGUUCUCGCCAACAAGCAGGGGCUUCUGCGCCUCAUCAACCGAAGGUCUUCUUGUCUAUAGCCUCGACACUGACUUGGUAUUUGACCCUUUCGAUCUUGAUAUCUCUAUCACUCCAGACAGCAUCCUUGCCACCCUUGAAGUGGCUAAAUCUACCGAGCCAUCAGCUGCGAAUGCCAUUGCUUCAGAUUCUUCGUUCCUCAAGGCGCUAAUAAUGGCCUUCCGCCUCAAUGAAUCCCCGCUCAUCCGUGCCGUAUAUGAGUGUAUUCCUGCCCGCGACAUCUCACAUAUCGUCCGCUCACUUCCCACUGUCUACCUCACCCGGCUGCUACGCUUUGUUGCAACUGCCGCCGACACCUCCCCUCAUUUAGAAUUUAACUUGCUUUGGAUCCGGGCCUUAUUGAGUAUACACGGGCGAUACAUAAAAGACCACUCCGGCUCCUUUGCUCCAGAGCUACGAGCCGUGCAAAGAGCAAUCGAUGGCAUCAGGGACAGCCUGAAAAGAUUGGUGGAUAAAAAUAUGUAUGCCUUGGACUAUUUACUAGAGACGUCCGCUCUUUGCUGCUCGUUAGAAAAGGCACGAGGCGGCAAUAACGGUAAAAACGACACAGAUACUACUAUGGAGGAUGACGGAGCAGGCUGGAAGGGGAUAGCGGAGUAA